GGGAGGAGGGAGUGCCCGGCUGCAGCUUCUGGGUCCUUCUCUAAACCUGGCCCAGCUUGGGGACCAGGACAUGGUUUGUCCCUCAACAUGGGACUCAAGUUGCCAUGGAGCCUGAAGGUUGGAGGGCAGAGCCAGGGUGGCCGCAGCCUCUGUAUCCCCGAGGCGCCUGCCUCCAGGCCUGGGAAGGUGCACCGGGGUGUCCGGGGGGCCCAGCCCGGACCUCAGGUGUUUGGCAAGCUGUGAUGUAAAGAAAACAAGGCAGAAAGAAGCCGAAGCUACAGGAAUAAGUAGCGGGUGUGUGGGGUCUGGAGCAGCUCUGCUUGCAGCACCACAGGUCUACAGAGAUGCCCAUCAUUGUGGAUGACAUCAUACAGAUGCUGUGCCUCAUUUCCCAGGAGAGAAGAAUGAAGGCAGCCAGGAAGCACUCUGGGAAGGGUGCCCUGGUUACAGUGGCAGUGGCCUUCGUUGGUGGUUUGGUUGCUGGCAUACAAGGAGUAGUCGCUGGGUGGAUCAUCGGGGACCUGCUAGGUACCUGGAUGCGGCAUAGCCAGUUUAAGCCAGUUCCUCAGAUCCUAAUGGAGCUGCCCCCUGCCGAAAAACAGAAGCUCUUUAACCAGGCAACUGCCAUCACUGGGAAUCUGGACUGGGCAGGCACCAUGCAGCUGACCGCACUGGUCCUGUUCAAUGAUGCUCUGCAGCAGAAACUCCUGGACAUGUUAGUGACCUACAUCACCAGUGAGCUGCAGGCUGAGAUCCGCUAUGAUGACUAGGCUGCUCCAUCUAAUCACCGUUAGGUGAUUCUGUGACUCUCAGGUUACUGGUGAAUAGGGGAUGCCUGGCAGAUUCAGUUGAAAAACUUGCAUAUUACCAGCACUGACUUUAAGUAGGAGUGGGGCAUCCUGCUGGCACAUCCUACUGGAUAGACUCAAAUCAUGCUGUGUGGUGGCCCAGCAGUCAUUUGAAGCAAGUGUCUUGGGUUGUGUGUGCUGCUGUGUACUGGCAGCCCUUUACUGGGUGCUGACAGAGGCUCAGGCCACAGCAGCUUUGCAAGUUCCCCCAUCGUGGGAACUAGAGGAAGUCCCCGUGUUAUAAUGAUGGCAGAGCACACUGGAUGCCCUCCCCGAUCCCCAACAAUGGUGCCUCCAUUAGGUACCUGUUGCAGGACUGGCCCCUUUAGGCCCUGGGGUCUUGGGGUUCAGAGCCAGCUCUAUGAGAGUGCCCCUUCCCUCUCAGGGUCUUUCCCAAUCAUCUCAUGGAGGCAGUGGUUGGUCGUGAGUGAAGCAACAGAUGACAGACAGGAUCCCCUCUUCUUCUUUGGUUAAGUUUCUAGGGUCUUCGUCCCCCAUGUGGAAAAUCAUGACAGUUCUUUAGUUUUCACUUUUACUGUCAGCUCUGGUCUCUUUCUGUUCUCUACACAUAGGUAGCCUAACUUCAUCUCACUUCUGACUGGAGACUUCUCCAUAUGCCCUAUGUUGUAGUCACCUAAUGAGGACCAAUAAUUCUCAAGAAAACCAGAUUCUCUUUCAAGCUCCUGAGACCACCUGACAGGCAUGCAUCUUUUGUCUUACUAAGUAUGUGGCUGCAGAGCAGCUAGAAUGAGACUUUCACCAUGGGGACUUGUGCAUACUAGUCCAUGUCUUUCCCCAGGUCUAUCUCUAUAGUGGAGAAGAGGGGCGAGAACACUUCAUCUCUCAAGGGCCUAGAGAAGUCCCACCGCCAUCCUUGUCCCGCUGCUUGUGGGAAAAUUUUAGGCUUCUAAGCUCUCAGAUAGACAGAGACACUGGAUGUCUACAGGACUCCAUUGGCAAAGGGCUGGACCUACUGUUCCUAAAGGAGGCUUAUGCUUGGCCAUGGGUGAGAGUUGCUGUUUUUACAUCAAUAAUUCAGGUGUCAUUAGGGAAACCCUUGUCCUGGUUAAACAAAACUUAAAAAGAGUGAGAAAGGGAAAGACAGGCAUCCUCCAAUUGGUACCAGUCAUUAUUCUCCUGGUCCCCAUGGCUCACCAACCUGAUAACUGGCCACUGGGCCUCUGGGGAUACUCCUCCUAGCCUUUACGGUGGGCCAAUGCCUCUUAAAUUAUCUAACCAGAUCUAUAAGGAGGUGCUUAAAUGCUGUCAAAAUUUUGGCCCUAAGAACACAAUACCAGCCGAUAAAUCAGUGCAAGUUAACCAUUUGACUCAUUCCCCAGAGUCGCUGGCGAAUGUGAUAGCCUGAGUUCCUCCAUUUUGUAUAAAGUUGCCAUUUUUAAUGAACUCCCUGACAGGCAGUUCCAGGAAAGAUUAACCAUAGAAAAACCCCAAACCAGAAAUGUCUCAGUUAAUGUUUUACAGCUUUUGUAACCACUUGCCUAAGGCUAAUUUGACUUCUGUAAAUCGCUUGCUUGCCUACCCACAGGAACAAACACAUUGUUCUUGUACAAUCUUUUACAAUCACCUGGUCCAUCAGGAUGCGGUUUUUGCCUUUAAAUGAUUUACUUUCCUCUGAGUCUGGUCUGUACCCUUUAACUCCUGACCCAGAGAGUGCAGUCCCUGGAAAGCUAAAUAAAAUUCAGCUAGUUCAGAACA